AUGGCCUUCGAAGCUAUCGCCGGAAAGCUUGGAGCUUCCGUUUACAUGCUUUGCGCCUGCAUCGCAUUCGUGUUCGUGUGUGUGGGGACGCCAACGGCGCAGUUCAGAGGAAGGGGAUAUCUGCACGGUGCCGACGUGUCGAAGCUAUCCUGCGUAUCGCUCUGGGGCAUGAAAAAUGAUUGCACCAAAGACACCUACGAUCUGCGUCCCGGCGACUUUGUCUGCCCCGACAGUGCUUCCCGCCUAAAGCAGGUAUUUCAGGCCGGUGAGGCUUUCGCCAUCAUCUCAAUUUUUGUAACACUUGCGUCUAUCAUUGCAGUUGGAUAUCAUUUUUUCCGCUCUUCGUCGGUAGUACCGACAAUGAUUUUGGCUGUAGCCGGCGUUGUAACUAUCCUGAUUCCGUGGGCAUGUAUGGCUGCUGUGUACAACGGGAAAAUGUGCGGAUCCGCGUUCCGCACCAAUUGGCAGAAGCAAUGGAAGUACAGUGCUGCCUUUGGCUUGUAUGUCGCUGGCUGGUGUUCCCAAGUGCUUGGUACGGUGUGCUUGAUGGCGUUGUGA